UCAUCGCACGACACUUUCUCUCUCUCACUCGGGACACGCAGUCAACGUGUCCAACACCUCUAUCCCCUCAGCAAAAACCUUUAUUCCAAAAUCCCAAAAUCAAAUUCGAAUUAUCUAUGCAGCAAUAAAUCCAAGCAAUCUUCUCUCCUCUUUCGCAUUAAUUGCGUGUUUUGCCUCACUAAUUCUCGGCAUUUUCUGAGUCUUUUUAUUGAUGCGCGUGUCGCCAUUUCUUGUUCUUAUCCAUUGAUAAUUGCGUCACCAAAGCCCCGAUCUCGGCCUUCGGCGGCCUCCCGCUCGCGUUCGAUUCUUUGUUUUUCUGUUUAAUGAAGUUCUGCAGCGCCGCCGCCUGCCGUUUCGAUUGUGCUCGACAGCAGUUGUUAUGGAAUUCGCUUGAUCAACUCCCACUCGCAUUGUCUUCUCCCUCGGGUUCCAUCACUUUGAUUUUUGUGGCUAGUGUGUUCUUGAGAAAGAAGGGAGAUUCAGAUGGCGAAUGGAGACAAUGGCCGCUGCGUGUUUCCGUUGACAGGCUUACAAAUUGGGGAUUUGCAGUCCUAUCUUUCACAUCUCAGCCUAUUUAUGGCCUCUGACAGUGGGAAGUUCUAUAUCUUGGUGGACAACCGGCCUUGGUUGAAGGUUCUCGUGUCUCGGCCUACGCAUUUGUGGCAGUUGAUGGUCACUAAGUCCAGGUUGUCCCCCUUCGCGAACACGAAGAGGCAGAAGGAUAGGAAGUUGAUGAGAGAACUUUCAGAUUUAGAUACUUCUCCCUCAUCAAACACAAGUAAAUUGAGAAACUUCAAACAGUGGAUCUCGUUGAUUGAUGCAGUGACCUUAUCCCGGAAGAGGGCUUUGUUACCUGUAAAAAAGCUUAGGAAUUCUCUGAUUGCCAACAGCAAGUUACACAGAACAUUGUAUGGCUUCAUUAUCUUUGAGGUUGCGUGGAGGGAUGUACGUGGUAUUAACUAUUUGAACGAGCUUCAGACUGAUACAUCGCUUGCAAUGGAGUCUAAAGUCAUGAGAAGGUGGGAAUUCGAUAGUGUGGCCCAAGCAGCAAACUCAAUUUCUUCAUGGUUCCCUGGGACCCUCAACGAACGGAUCCUUUUGAAAGAGCAUUUGGAUGCUACAAUAGGAGAAGUUUUUCAUGACGCACAAGAAAGUUUCCCAAGGAGUGACAAGAAGGCUGAUAUUAAUGAUAUUGCAAGUGAUGGCACAAGUGUUGAAGCUGAAUCUCCAUGCUCUUCGAGUAGCAGCUUUAACGUGUAUUCAGUAACGAUGCAAAACUUAACACAUAGACUGCACACACCUCCUCCUGAUGGUUUUCCUUACAAAAGGCGGAAACUUAUGAGUCCUAUACACUUUGAUCUUGGGACAUCUUCUGAAGAAGCAGACGCCGAAAAUGCUGAGAUGUUGUCUCACACCCCAGAUAUGAGUGACUGUGAAGAAACACUCCAACCUUCCAUAUACCGUGAUGUUUUGAUUUUAUUCCGGUUUGAUGAUCGUGACCUUCCUUUCAAAUUAAGAGACAUAAUUAUGUCUGAUCUGCGGUUACUUACUCUACUUGAAGCCGGACUUCCAUCAUGGGUUAUUUUCCUUCAAUCCUAUCCAGUAUUUUGUCAUCUUUAUCGUCCAUGGAUGUGUCCGUUGGCCAGGGCUUGCUACGUGCUUAUAUCCAUCGUCACUGUCCUCAUUGGGUUUUACGACUUGUAUAAAAACGUACCUCUCCUUAAGGCCACAGCAUCUAGGUUGUUCGGGCCCCUGUUCGACUGGAUAGAAUCAUUGGAAAUGAUAUCAAGAAUCAAGUAUUUAGGGACCAUGUUAUUCCUUCAUAAUUUUCAAAAGGCGAUUAAGUGGUUUCUUUCUGCAACGAGAACUAUCCGUUCAUUUUUCACAUUAGUUAUAGAGCCAAUGGCUGGACCAUUUGCUGAGUUCUUGGAAUUCUUACUUCCUCUUUGGACUAUGUUCGGAGAAGUUGCCGAGAGUCUCUUUUCAGUCGCGUGGAUGGUGGUCGGGUCUUGUUUCACAAUGGUCGGAGAGCUCAUAGAGAUUUUAUUGUUGCCGUUAUGGUAUAUCUUGUCUCUUGUGUGGAAUAUUGCAAUAUCCGUUUUAUAUCCGGUAUUCUGGAUCCUGUGGGAAACUCUUUAUGCUCCAAUCCGACUCAUCCUUGGAUUUUGUAGCCUCGUGGCAUACUUAUGUACUCUUGUCUACGAAAUGGUUGGAGAUUUGUUGCUAUUCGCCGGCAGCCUAGUUAGUUUUACUAGGGAUGUCGAAUCAACAGUGAGCUCGUACGAGGUGUCAAUCUGGCGCUCUCUAUGGAAUGACCUUUUCUCUCAGAUUUUCCGUGCUGUCCGUAGUAUCCUCAACGGUUUUGUGGCUUUCUUCACUACAUGCAACAGACACCGGCUGAGCACCUAUAAUCAUAUGAAGGAGUUAUACCACAGAUUGUCGCGCAGACCCAGAAGGGUGGGUGCUCAAAAAACUGAUCAAGAUCCACAUACUCAUAUAUCCGUAAGUAUAUCUCCAAGCUCGACUCGCUUCAUAGUCAUAACGCCUUACUUACACGAGACGUGGUGGUUGAAAUUAUGUUCUCUUGCUUGAAUUUGCACUUGAGAGUGAGUCCUUCUGCGAGGGGUUGCCAGUUAUACCAGUUUUAUUCACAUACAUAAGACUCUUCAUAAACGGGUCUAUUUUUAGAGUCUUAUCUCAAUAAAUCGAUUUUAUUCAUGUAUAUAGUUGUGGAUUCACUCGGGAAAAAUUUACUUGUUGCAGCCACGAGUUGGGAAGAGUUUCGUCAAGCCCAGGAGCGGGGUUAGAUGACAUUGACACGAAUCGUAUACGACAGUUUUCAACGGGUAAUAUCAUCUUGUACAUGUGAGAGUUUUGUCCAUAUAAAUCUGUGAAAUACGUAUACUAUGUUCUUUUGAAUAAUUUCAGCUAACGUUGUAAAUAUUCUCCUAUCUGUUGGUGUGUUUUUCUGAAUUAGCAAGUGUAGCUUAAUUUUGUCUGUAAUUUAAUUUACAUGUUUUUUCAUUCAAUGGAAGGAGGCUAAGAAUUUGUUUUCA